CAUUCCACUUUAUGGUUAUUUUUCCGGAUUUCUUCAGAAUUUCGGUGUUUCUUUAUAUACAUUUUUUGAUUGUAAUUGUUCCCUCUGUUCUCACAACAGAUUGUUUUACAUGACCGCUUGACAAAUAUUGUUUGGAGCAAAGUUUGCAGGCAAAAUGGCGGUGAACAGCGCAACAUCUUUCAUAUUGUCGUCAAUAUUGACACUUCUCAUAUUUUCCGGGAUGCAAAUGUAUAAACCACUAUUAGUAAAAUCUCCAAUUACAAUCAUAUUUGGAGGAUAUUUGGGCUCACUGAUGUUCAUGUUUUUUAUAACAGCAGUUGGUAACUUAGAGGCAACACUUUUUGGAAAAAAUUUCCAAUUGAAAUUGCCUGAAAUAGUUCUCUCAAUGGCUGUUUCAUUGGUAGCUGCUGGUAUGGUACACCGAAUUUGUUUUACUACUUGUUUGAUAUUUUCAGUGAUAACGAUCUACUACAUGAACAGGUUAUCACAAAAAACUUAUGUUAGUGUUGUUCCAACAGUUGCACCGAUCAAGAGCCGCCGUCAUAAAUAAGCGAUUAGCGAGUGGCAAUUUUGAUACCAAUGCAGAUGUUUUUAUAAUAUAUCCUUAUAAAUAUAUUAUUAAGAAAUUAUCUGGUUUUUUUAUUAAUACAAAAAGUGGCUGCUUUCGGGAUCUGCCCUGCUAUUCUG